AUUUCCGUCGCGAGAGAGUGGCGGGGCAGCGACUUGGGCGUUCUCUGGUGCUCCCUGGGUUCCUCCGCAUCUCUGGGACACAGAGGGGCGCGCAGACAUGAGUGACUCUGCGGGAGAGCUCACUCGCCUCAGGUGCUACUCCAAGCUCCCAGUGUGGGUAGUGGAGGAUCAUCAGGAGGUUCUGCCUUUUAUAUACCGGGCCAUAGGCUCAAAGCAUCUUCCUGCCAGUAAUAUAAGUUUUUUACAUUUUGACUCACAUCCAGACCUCCUUAUUCCUGUGAAUAUGCCAGCAGACACCGUGUUUGAUAAGGAAACACUCUUUGGAGAAUUAAGUAUUGAAAAUUGGAUUAUGCCUGCAGUUUAUGCUGGCCAUUUUUCUCACGUAAUAUGGCUUCAUCCCACAUGGGCUCAGCAAAUCAGAGAAGGCAGACACCACUUUUUAGUAGGUAAAGACACUUCUACCACAACGAUCAGGGUUACAAGUACAGAUUAUUACUUCCUAAGUGAUGGUCUUUAUGUACCUGAGGAUCAGCUGGAGAACCAAAAACCAUUACAAUUAGAUGUGAUUUUGGUGAAACCUUGUAAUCUCUGUGACAAUCCAGAAGAAAGUGCUGCAGUGUCUUCUGCAAAGAAGCCCAGACUAACACUGGGAAAUGCAGAAAACACUGCCUCUGCUAACUGUGACUUGGAUUCAGGAGGACUGAUGAAAGACACCAUGACACAGAGAAGUGACCAGGCUUGCCAGGAGCCAUCAUGUUCAUGUUCUGAAAGUCAGCAAUGCCACACUACAGCCAGCACUAAGGAAAUUAUGGAAAUCUUAAAGCAGGGGGAUGCAUUUGUUUUAGAUAUUGACUUAGAUUUUUUCUCUGUCAAGAAUCCCUUUAAAGAAAUGUUCACUCAGGAAGAAUACAAAAUCUUACAAGAAUUGUACCAGUUUAAAAAGCCUAGUAGCAACUUAACUGAGGAAGAUUUGGUAGAUAUUGUUGAUACUCGAAUUCAUCAAUUAGAAGAUUUAGAAGCAACUUUUGCUGAUUUGUGUGAUGGUGAUGAUGAAGAAACUGUACAGAAAUGGGCUUCAAACCCUGGAAUGGAAUCACUAGUUCCACUUGUACAGAGUUUGAAAAAACGGAUGGAAGUGCCAGAUUAUGAAAUGGUUCACCAAGCUGGUCUAACCUGUGAUUAUUCAGAACUUCCUCACCAUAUCAGCACAGAGCAAGAAAUUGAGUACCUUAUUCAGUCUGUAUAUUGCUUACUGAAAAGUUUACCAAAACCUACUCUUGUGACAAUUGCAAGGUCAAGUCUGGAUGAUUACUGUCCUUCUGAACAAGUUGACACCAUUCAAGAAAAGAUCCUCAGUGUGCUGCACUCCCUUUAUGGGACUCUAGACACUCACCUGGUAUAUUCAGCAGAAUAUUCUACGUCUUGAAAUAUACAAAACACUAGGUUCUUGUUACAUCCUAUUAUAGUAAUAGAGUUUUCAUUAACUUAUUUGUAAAUAAGUCUUCCAGAGAACACUUUUUAUGUUACUAUCACUUGAAAUCUUUCAGAUAUUUUACAUCUUCAAAUAUCAAUUGAACAAAGGCAGGGUUUUGGGGGGGGGGGGUGUUGUUUUGUUUUGUUUUGUUACAUCAAAUCCCAGCUGUUGCUUAUCUUUCUUUUCUUUAUUGUCUUUAUUUAUGAGGAUUUUUUUUUCUUCUCCUUCUUCCCAGGUCAAUUGAUCUGUAUGAGAUUCAUUCUUACAUUUAUUUAUCCAUUCAACCAGCUGACAUUUAUUAAGCAUUUAUGUGUGCCAGACAUUAACAAGUGCGGGUGUGUGGUAAUGAACAGAAAGGCCCUGCCCUUUUGGAAGAGGUAAAUGAGAAGCAAAUUAUGGGUCAUGAACAAUGUUAUGAGAGAAAGAACAACCACAAAUAUAUCUUAGGCAUGCUCUUAGUACUCAGAAUAUUCUGGACAUUAUAGAAAGUAACAUUCGCAAAAGCUACUACCAAGAAAAAUAAACCUUUACCAGUCCAUGAAAAUGUUACAGGAAGUUAGCCUUUCCAAGACUCUUGGGAUUGUGGCCAGACAGUAAUGCUCUCAGCAUUGUGAUUUUUUUUUUCAAAAAUAGGUUUGUUGAGAUAUAAUUCACAUGUCAUACAAUUCACAUUUAAACUGUGCAAUUCAAUGAUUUUUAAUAUACUUUUGAAUAUAUGCAAAACCAAUAUCACAGUCAAUUUUAGAACAUUUUCAUUGCCUCAAAAAGAAACCCUGUAUUAGAUACCAUCACUCGAUCCACCCAUUUUAUUCACUCCCUGCCCCCCACCCACCCCAAACAACCACUUUCUACUUGUUCUUUUGUGACCAGCUUCUUUUAUUUGGCAUGUUUUCAAGGAUCAUCCAUUGUGUACCACAAAUCACAACUUCAUUUCUCUUUAUAAGUGAAUAUUAGCAUUGUGAUUCUGAUUUUUGGUUUGGGAUUUUUUGCAGGACCGGAGAUUGAACUCAGGGGCACUCUACCACAAAGCUAUAUCCCCAGCCCUUGCUAUUUUUUUAUCUUGAGACAGGGUCUCACUAAGUUGCUGAGGCUGGCCUGGAACUUGCAGUCCUCUUGCCUCAGCCUCAUGGGUUGCUGGGAUUACAGACAUUCUUCUCCCAGCCUAGCUUCCGUCACUGUUUUAUUAAAGAGGUCUGAACCUGGGGGUGGUAGUAGACACCUAUAAUCCUAGCAACUUGAUAGGCUGAGGCACAAGGAUCACAAGCUGUAAGCCAGCUUUGGCAACUUAGCAAGACCCUAUCAAAAUUCAAAAAGAAUGAAAAAGGGCUGAAGAUAUAGCUCAGUUUUAGAGCGCUCCUGAAUUCAGUCUGCAGUAUUGGGGGUGAUAGGGGCAGGGCCUGGUUGAAUGAACUUUAUUUACCAAACAAAAAUUCACUUUUUGGGACUGGAGCUGUAGCUCAGUGGCAGAGUGCUUGCCUAGCAUGUGUGAGGCACUGGGUUCAAUCUUUAGCACCACAUUAAAAUAAACAAAAUAAAGGUUUGAUGUCCAUCUACAACUACAAAAAAAAAAAACCUUUUGAUUUUGGUUUUGCUAACCAGAAAAGUGCUUCAGGGAUUUUUGCCCAUCCUAAUAGUCAUUGUGGGUAUCAGUUAUCAUUGUUCCAUUUUAUUUAAAUGCCAUUUUAUUGACAGUCUGAGUUGAUAAAUUUUUAAAUAACCCAGCUUGUUAUGAAAAAGUAGAAAAAAUUAAAUCUUUAAUUUUGACCUGCCAUAAAUACCCAAGGAUACAAUUGUCUCCCCACCAGCCUCCUCAUAAUACAACCAAACAAAAUGAGUUCACCCCUUGAUGAGCACAAAGCCAAAAAGCACAACCAGGAGAUGAAAGAAUCAAGAAAGGCUUGCUACUUGCAACAGCUAAGGAGAACACUAGAGAUCUUAUCUCAAAAUAGUGCCUCUUAUGGAAUGAAGUGGUGUUACUGGAGAGAGGCUUGUGUGCACCUUCUAGGGGGGAUUGUUAUCACAGGUGGUAAGCACAUUCCUGCACAUGGCAGUUAGAGGUCAGUCUCUUCACAGGGUCCAUGUUUGAAAUGGUGGAUGAGAGUGCCUCUGUGGUGGAGAAUUUAACAUUAUGAUAUUAUAAUGAGCAAGUUUCACUCUAAGUCACCCUGAAUAAUAACUUGGUGAUUUUGAGCUAGUUUAAAGUGGUUUCAUGCGUUUUUUUCUCUGGGAAGCUUUAUCUGAAACAGCAACAACAACAAACAAAAACACAGCUUGAAGGGAUGUGUCUUCACCACCCCUCCCACAACAGGUGUUUACCCCUAUGAGUUCCUGCCUAAAAUAAAAAUAAGAUAACCCUUCUUGAGACACUCUUAAUCAUGGAAAUUCUUAUUUUCCCAAUUUGCCAAAGCAUCCUGCUCUUCAGUAUGCCCUUUGUUAAGUAACCAUUUUAACUACCAUUUAAUUUCACUUCUUUUAAAGGAUAAAAUGGCAUGUAAAGACAAAAGAAAACAGCACUCAUCCACAACUGUAAGUUGUAUGUAGCUAAAAUCAUAGGGUUACCUAAUUUUAUGAAUAUUCAAGAACAUAUUACUAUGGUCAUUCAGUAGAUGGCACCAGACCCCAUUUUCCCACUGAUUAUGUAUUCCAAUGAAUUUUUCUUAUCACCAAGUUGAUUUCCAAAGUCUGAUGGUUUUGAAUGCUUGUGUUGAAUUUACUUAGCUUUCCAAUUUGGUAAAAUAUUAUAUUCCAGAAAGGUUUAUGUUCUUGUAAAAAUCAGAAUUGCAAAAUUGUGCUAUUUAUUUAUUUUAAAUUAUAGGCAUAACUUUCAUGAAUAAAUUAUUUUAUGUGCUAAAAGAAAUUAAAAGAUGUGUUUUGAAAUUUUAAAGAUUUUGGGGUUGUUUUUUUCUUUUUUCUUUUCAAUGCUAGUGAUUGAACCCAGGGCCUCCCACGUUGAAGACAAAUACUCUCCCACUCAGCUACAUCCCCAGUCCUAAAGUUUAAAAGAUUUUAAAUCAAACUGUAGCACUAAUUAAUUGCUUCUGAUCACAGUAUGUUGAUAUCAUUGAUCUUAUAAGUCUGAAACUCAAGUGUGAUUUAUCAUUGCUUUAAUUCAAGCUGAAUAAAACAUCAAAUUCUGUUACAGGAACACUCA